CGAACACGCAUUUCCGCGCCAUCCGGAUUGCUCGGUUCUCCCAUCGCCAGACACACCCGCGCAGACGUUAUCGAUCUCGACAACCGGCCAGGACGGUAACGACCCCGAUUGCUGUAUUUUGCGGGUGCCAUCCGACCAAACAGCAAUCAUGGCUGGAUCCAAGAAUCGUCGUCAGGGCACGGCCGCCUCCCCCGAGCCCAAGGCGCAACAGGACGACAACAACAACGGCACUGCGCCGAUCGCCCAUGGCAAUGGAAGCGCCAACAUUGCCGCCAACGCGAAAAGCACCGUCGAGGGCCCGCGCGAGAACAUAUUCCUUCUGUGGCCCAACAUCAUCGGCUACUCCCGCAUCAUCCUCGCCGUCGCCUCGCUCUAUUACAUGCCGCUGCACCCGCGCACCUGCUCGCUUCUCUACAGCGUGUCGUGCCUCCUCGACGCCCUCGACGGCUACGCGGCGCGGUACUUUGAGCAGUCGACCCGCUUCGGCGCCGUCCUGGACAUGGUGACGGACCGGUGCACGACAUCCUGCCUGCUGGUCUUCCUCUCAUCGGCCUUCCCCCGCUGGGCCAUCGUCUUCCAGGGCCUGAUCGCCCUCGACUUCGCCAGCCACUACAUGCACAUGUACGCGACCCUGGCCAUGGGCGGUAGCGAAACCAGCCACAAGAACGUCGACAAGUCGCGGAGUCGCAUCCUGUCGCUGUACUACACCAACAAGACGGUCCUCUUCGUCGCCUGCACCCUCAACGAAGCCUUCUUCAUCGCGCUGUACCUGCUCUCCUUCUCGUCGCCCCUGCUCUCCCCGUCCCUCCUCCAGACCGUGCCGGACCAGGCGGCCGAGGCGAUCAACCGGGGCGCGGAGGUCGACUCGUCGCUGCUCCGGCAGCUCUUUGCGAACCCGCACAGCGCCGGCGCCCUCGAGCUCGCCCGCGCCAACAAGAUGGACAGCUUCUGGCCCUGGGUCCUCGCCGGCGUCAGCUUCCCCGUCAUGGCCUUCAAGCAGGUCGUCAACGUCAUCCAGCUCGUCAAGGCGAGCCGCUGGCUGGCCGAGGGAGACGUCGCCUUGCGCCGGGCGCAGGGCUUGCCAAGGAAGAGGAAGACAAACUGAAGAGGGGAAGUGACGGGAAAGAGAGGGAGGGGCCCAUAACUUGAUUCUCUUACCGGGGAAAGGGAGGUUGGGGGGGUUGGGGCGAUGGUUGGUCUUUUGAGGGUAAUUGCAUGCAUGGACCUUGGAUCGGUCUCUCUGGGCGUUCAACGGAUCGGAGGCGGGUCGGUAAGGCUGGCUGGCAGGUGGGCGGGCAAGCAGGACACGGCGGGCGGGGAAAGAAGAGCUCAUGUCCGCAACAGAAUUUUGGCGGGCAGGUUGCUGGUUACUUGUGGAAACU